AACUUCACAGCUCGGUCCUUUUUAUAAGCCCAUUAGGUUUUUCCUUCUUCACAAAGGUGUUCGGCUUUUCUCACACCUUCUCCAUCUCACAUCAUCGACCCGUUUCUGUGGCUCUGCGUUUCUCAGAUCGUUGGUUAAUACUGGCUCAAGUUGUGACAUUGGCAAACAGAGAUGGCAAAGAAGAAUCCUUUGGUUUUUAUGGAUGUGUCUGUUGAUGGUGAUCCUGUUGAAAAAAUGGUGUUUGAGCUUUUCCCUGAUUUUGCUCCAGAGACAGCAGAAAAUUUCCGUGCACUAUGUACAGGAGAAAAGGGAAUUGGCCCUAAAACUGGGAAAGCAUUACACUACAAGGGAUCCUUUUUCCACCGCAUCAUUAAAGGUUCCAUGGCUCAGGGUGGUGAUUUUGUGAGAAGAGAUGGAACCAGUGGCGAAAGCAUAUAUGAAGGGAAGUUUCCGGAUGAAUCACCAAAGCUAAAGCAUGAUGGUUCUGGUCUUCUAUCAAUGCCAAUUUCUUAUCGCGAUUCCAUUGGUUCCCAAUUCAUUAUCACCUUAAGUGCUGCUCAUCAUCUUGACAGAAAAUCUGUAGUCUUUGGGAAGCUUGUCCAAGGUGAUGAGGUCUUGAAGAAAAUUGAAAAUGUAGGUGAUGAAGAGGGAAUACCCAUGGUAACGGUGAAAAUAAUUAAUUGUGGUGAAUUUACUGAAGACAAAAAGAAAAAUAGAUCAAAAACUGGAAAAGAUGCUUCUCCUGGUGCUAAUAGUCAUGAAGUAGGGAGAAAGGGGAAGCACAAGAAAUCUUCAAGAGACAGAAGGAAAAAGAGAAGAAGAUAUUAUUCCUCUGAUUCAGAGAGUUCCUCAGAUUCUGAGACAGAAUCAUCUGAGUCUGAUACUAAUUCUGACUCAUCUCUUUCAUUAUCAUCUGAAAUCAGUUCUUCAAGUGAUGACAGGCAUAAAAAGAGAAAGAGGUCCUCUAAACGAGAAAAAUAUAGGCGUGGAAAAAGAAGAGAUAGACGACGUGACAGAAAGCGAAAGAGACGUGACAAGAGAUCCAAGCGCAGAUCAAGAAGGGCUUCUGAUAGCUUGACAGAUGAUGACAGUGACAGUAAAAGUGAUAGUACUGAUGAAGAUGCUGAUGUGCAGGGAAAAGCUCGGAAGCAUAAAGAACUUUCUCAGAAAACUGGCUGCUUGCCAUCUCAUAAAUUUGUGAAUCAAUCUUCUUCAGCUGUAGAAGAAGAACCUGCCUCCCUUCGUCAUAGAAACAGGGAGGAAACUAAUAUGCUUGAAAAGGAGGGUAUUCUUCCCAAGGAAAAUGGACAGCGGCAGAGCAAUGGAAUUGAAGAGAGUCAACCUGAAAGAAGUGCAAAUAGGCAACCUGAUGUUGUAGAUGAUCACCCUAGCAAAUCUAGGAGUCGGAGUCGGAGUCCUAAGAAGACCAUAAGUAAGAGUAUUAGUCCUGGACAUAGUCCAAGCAAGAGCCAAAGUGUUAGCCCUAGGCGAAGUAUGAGCAGGAGUCCAAGUGUGAGUAGAAGUCCUCCAUGUGUGCCGCCGAGGAGUAUCAGCAGGAGUCCUUUGAGAUGCAGAAGCAGCAUGAGCCCCACUAAAAGUGGCAGCCGGAGUCCACCAAGGAGCAGGAGUAGAAGUAUCAGCAGGAGCCCAGCUAGAACUGUCAGCAGAAGUCCACCAAGGGGUAGGAGCCAAAGUAUCAGCAGGAGCCCAGCUAGAGCACGAUCUAGAAGAAAUAUUAGUGGCAGCCCUGUGAGAUCCCUUUCUCGAAGAAGCCUAAGCAGGAGUCCACCUCACACAUCAUCAAGAAAAUCAAUUAGCCAAAGUCCUCCUAGGGUUUCAAGAAGAAGCACCAGUAGAAGUCCUAUUAGAUCUUCUCGGAGAAGCAUAAGCAGAGGCUCUGGGAAGGCUCCUUCAAGAAAAAGUAUCAGCAGAAGUCCAGGAAGGUUUACAAGCAGGAGUACUCGUCGUAGCUAUUCAAGGAGUCCCAGCCUUCCACGAAGGCUAAGGUUGCCUCAUGAUCGAAGAAGUUUAUCUAGAAGUGUUUCCCCUGAUGAAUCACCUAAGCGUAUCAGAAGGGGUCGGGGUUUCAGUCAGCGUUACUCUUAUGCACGGCGAUACAGAACUCCCUCUCCAGAUCGGUCUCCUGGGAGGCCCUAUCGAUAUGGUGGGAGAAGUGAUCGAGACAGGUACUUAAGUUACAGAAGGUAUUCACCCAGGCGUUAUAGAAGCCCACCACCAAGGGGAAGAACUCCUCCAAGAUACAGAAGCAGAAGAAGCAGGACAAGAAGUCCAUCUGUAUCUCGCAGCCCAGUGUACCGCAGGCGUCGCCAUAGCCGCAGCCUUAGUGGUAGCCGAAGCCCCAUUCGUGGCCGAUCACCAGUUGAGACUUCCAGACGGAAUGCCUCUCCUAAUGCAGGGAGGCAAAGGACACCUUCUCGGAGCAGGAGCCCAUCUGGGUCAAGGUCAUCGUUGGAUUCCCAGUCUCCAAAACAGCCAACCAAAGCAAGAUCAAAGUCCUCUUCUGGUAGUCCAGAUGGCAAGAGGGGCCUAGUCUCCUACGAAGAUGGUUCCCCCGACUCAGGCAGAUGAAAUGGUUAAAUCCUGCAAGUAUUGGUAUUGUUUCCCAAGGCUUGUUGAUCAUCUCGUGUUUCUCUUGGCAAAAUGGAGCGGUGGUUCACUAAAAUUCUCUCUCUACUUCGUUCUUCCUAGAGGCAGUCGCUUGGUAUGAAAUAACCUUUAGCAUAUGUUUCAAUGGUUCAUAUCAUAUUAUGGACAAGAUUUUCUGUAUGUUAGUUCAGGUUUUAGAGCACCUUUUAUUUAUCCGUGAGGGAUUUUCAUUUUCCCAACUAUAAAAAUGCCAAUAUGGAGUGGAUGCCUCGUGUGCAGCAGAAUUUUCCUCCCCAAGAAUUGAGAUAUUAAACUCCUAUUUAAAUUGGAAAUUAUUACUGUCAUCUUUUUUUGUAAUGGAAAUUGAGAUCAUCUUCGACUU